GUGGUUUGACUCACGUCUGUCAAAAUGAACCCAAAUGGAUGAUACAUGUUAUACGAUUAACGCCACUAUUAUCGCUAUUUAUCAAAAGGUAUCUUGGAUAUUUUGAAGUGACUGAUUAACUAUUCUACGCAAGGAGGAAGAAUAAACAUCAGCAUUAACGUUAAUGACUACACCUCCUGAUCAAAUAUUUUUUCAAGGGGAAGAGAUACAUAAGACAAAGAUGAUGAUGUUAAAGAUGGUGUUCUUUUGGAUGUGCCUUUCCAUUGUUUCCCUAGUUUUUAUAUCUGGCAUAUUAAUUCGAUGGACGUAUAUCGCGGAAGUUGGAGGACAAGAACAAACGGUAUUAAAAGUACGACAGAAGAGAUAUGAUGUUAAACCAGCCAAAUUUUGUACCCCUCAGUCAGAGAAUAAUUAUCGCGUCCAUAUUCAACGCAUGUCACCAAAUGUGACGGGGAAAUUGUUUGAAAACCUCAGCCCUGGUGGCGCGUGGCAGCCUACGUCAUGUGUACCACGUGAUCACGUGGCCGUCAUCAUUCCGUAUCGUGACCGGCAGGAACACCUUGAUAUUCUGCUCCAGAACUUGCAUCCUUUCCUUCAAUCUCAAAAUAUUCAUUAUGAGAUAUUUGUCAUAGAACAGGCUCCUUCAACAAUUUUCAAUCUCGGCCUCAUUCGAAAUGUGGGUUUCCUCGAAGCCAGUGCCACCUACAAUUUUACCUGUUACAUAUUUCAUGAUGUGGAUAAGAUCCCCUUGAACAAUCUCCUGCUAUAUAGAUGCCCAACAGAUAAAGCGGUUCAUUUUGCCUCUGCUGAGGAUAGAUUCAAGUAUUCUGUUCCGUACUACAGAUACAUUGGCGGUGUGCUCGGGUUUCCUGCUGAGGCAUUCAGGAAGACCAAUGGCUAUCCCAACGGUUACCUUGGAUGGGGAGGGGAAGACGACGACUUCUACUUCCGAAUGCAGUCUCAGAACGUAUCAUUUACACGCGCUGACAGCAAACUGGGACGUUACCGAGUUUUUCAUCAUCCUAUCCUAGCCAAUCCAUCGAGUGGCUCUUCACUGGACUUUGCACGAUAUCUCUACAGGGAAUACGGCCCUUGGGACGAUGGUUUAAACACCCUGCAUUACACCAAACAGGAGGUGGAGCAUCGCCCUGCGUACACUUGGAUCAAAGUCGGGUUCGAUCAAAACGCCAUGAUGAAGAAGUUGUGGAAAGGCAUAAUGGAUCCUAAUUAUGAUGAGAAACGUAACCUUACUUGGUGGAAUAUCAACAUGACCCGGGCUAUCCAACAGUUUCCCAGAGUCAAAAAGCAUUUGCCAGAGGAAGGAUCUUGAAAAGAAACCAAGAAAGCGCAACAAAAAAGCUACCAGAAAUCAAAGUGGAACAUUUUAUUUAUGACUUCAUGAAACUUUUCAUAAAUUUUACAGUAUACAGUAACGUCAGUUUCUAUGUGAUAAAUAAAAAUAAUAUACAAAAUCCUCAUCUCCCACUUCAAAGAGAAGGCUGUACAAAAGGUUGCAGAUGAAGUUCUCCUUCUUAACAACACCGUUCUGCCACUAUUGGUAAUUAUGAUUCAACGAGACACUAUUGGUAUACACGGGUAUGACAGGGUAUUGAAAGAAUUGCGAUGUUGCUGCAUGAAGAAUGGCUAUAAUCAAGCUGUUGUCGUUAAUUACAACAUCAGAGAAUGGAAUCACCACAGGCUCGCUUCCGGCACAUCCCGUUAGCGCAAGAGAACCAAAAAGCG